CGCCAACACAGGCAGCACUCUUCCUCCUUGCUCAAGCCUCCCGCCGCCAGCCGCCCGCCGCUCACCGCGCAGGCGCACAGCAGCAGUUUACAUUGUCCUUUAUUACACACAAUAUCUCAAGUGUAAUAAUUCCAUUGGUUAAAAGAAUACACAAACAUACUCAUUUGGGGCCAAUCAAGUGACCUGAGACUUUACAAAAAUCCCGAACAGUCAACCAUGAAGUUCAGGAAGGGAGAUAACUACAAGGAGUUGCUGGAACGUAGCGGGGCAGCGCACUACCGCCAGUCUGACAAAAUGGCUUCGAGGGAGCAUACGGCCACGUUCAGUGAGGAGCAAAUCGAGGAAUUAUGUGAAAUGUUCGAGACGAUUGACCGGGAUGGCAAUGGCUUCAUUGAUGUGUCCGAGCUCAAGAAAGCCCUGGAUGUGGUGGGCUUCAAGCUCCCACAGUGGGAGGUGCGCAAGAUGGUCGAGGACUGGGACAGGGACACCAAGGGGCCUGGCAAGGGGAAACUGAGCUUUGAGGAGUUUCAGAAUAUGUGUGCUGGAUUGAAAGCGCAAGAUGUUGCAAGCACUUUCAAGAAGAUGGUGAACAAGCGAGAGAACCUUGAGACCCUUGGAGGUAUGUCCACAGCCUCUUCUGAGGGUACUACACACUCCGUGAGGCUGGAAGAGCAGCUUGCAUUCUCAGACUGGAUCAACUCUAAUCUUGGCCAUGAUCCUGACCUCCACCACCUCUUGCCUAUUGAUGGUGAGGGACGCUACCUCUAUGACAAGGUCAAGGAUGGUAUUUUGCUUUGCAAGGUGAUCAACCAUUCCUGUCCUGACACCAUUGAUGAGCGAGCCAUUAAUAAGCGGAACCUGACAGUGUACACCAAACACGAGAACCUCACCCUCGCCCUGUCUUCCGCUCAGGCUAUUGGUUGCAAUGUUGUCAACAUUGAUGCUCAUGAUCUUGCUAAGGGUAAGCCCCAUCUGGUUCUUGGGCUGCUGUGGCAAAUCAUCCGCAUUGGGCUGUUCAACCAGAUCACGCUGGAGCACUGUCCAGGCCUGGCUAACUUGCUGCAGGAUGGCGAGAAGAUUGAGGAGCUCAUGAAGCUGUCUCCUGAGGCCAUCUUGCUUCGAUGGGUCAACCACCACCUCGAGCGUGCUGGUGUAAACAGACGCUGCACCAACUUCAUGGGUGACAUCAAGGACUCGGAGAUCUACUCAUACCUCCUCAAGCAGAUUGCUCCUAAUGAAGCUGGAGUCACCAUGGAGGCACUCACGGAGCAAGAUUUCAUCCAGAGGGCUGAGUUGAUGCUGCAACAAGCUGAAAAGCUGGGCUGUCGCAGUUUCCUCACACCUCAAGAUGUGGUGGAGGGUGUGUACAAGCUCAAUGUGGCAUUCGUGGCCAACCUGUUCAACAACCACCCUGGCCUUGACAAGCCUGACAACAUUGACUUUGAGGGUCUGGACCACAUUGAGGAGACUAGAGAAGAAAAAACUUACCGCAACUGGAUGAACAGUAUGGGUGUCAAUCCUCACGUCAACUGGCUGUAUUCAGACUUGGCUGAUGGAAUCAUCAUCUUCCAGCUGUAUGACAUCAUCCGACCGGGUGUGGUAGACUGGAAGCGUGUCCACAGCAAAUUCACCAAGUUGAAGAAGUUCAUGGAAAAGUUAGAGAAUUGUAAUUAUGCCGUGGAACUUGGUAAGCAGCUGAAAUUCAGCCUUGUGGGUAUUGCUGGACAGGACCUUGCUGAUGGCAACCCCACCCUCACACUGGCCCUGAUCUGGCAGUUGAUGCGGGCAUACACCCUCUCCAUCCUGACACAGUUAGCCGAGUCUGGCAACCCCAUAGUGGAGGCUGAGAUCAUUACUUGGGUGAACACAAAGUUGAAGGAAGCUAAAAAGAACUCCGGCAUUAAGAGUUUCCAGGAUUCCAGCCUGCAGAAUGCUGUGGCUGUAAUUGACUUAGUGGAUGCCAUCAAGCCAGGAACAAUUAAUUAUGAUGUUGUUAAGCUGACUGGAGAUGAGGAGGACAACAAUGCAAAUGCCAAAUAUGCCAUAUCAAUGGCACGGAAGAUUGGUGCCCGCAUCUAUGCCCUGCCUGAGGAUAUCACAGAGGUGAAGCCCAAGAUGAUUAUGACAGUGUUUGCCUGUCUGAUGGCUCGAGACUACAUACCCAACAUGGAUACGAAAAAAAACUGAAUAGAACAACAUAGGAAUGAUUGAUGUACAUGUUGUGUGAAUGAUAUGUAAUGUUUUUAAUUGUGUAUAAGACUUUUUUAUAAAUUUUACAUCAAGCUUUCCUACUAUUGUGUAUGGCUAAGGCUUUUUGAUGUGAACAGUCAGUAACAUAGGCCUCAUGCCUGCUUAAAGGUAAAUACCCAUGAAACGUUUAGUGCCAAUGCUUUUACUCAGUCACCUGACUUAAGAAAGUAUGAGAAACUUUUUGACCAUAGCCUGUGCUUUGAAGCCACUGUUUCAUGAGUAUUACCUUGGCAAGCAUCCUUUUACAUGGACCAUUUUCCCAACUUUGCUUGGACGUCAGUUGUAUAUACGAGUUUAGUUGCUACAACAAUGAGCCAGAGUUAUGGCUGUAGUUUUUAUAUCAGCAUAAGUAGUGUUUUAUAUUGUAGUGUGCAGUUACAAUUUGUGAGAGUAAAAUAGUCACCAGUCUGACCAAAGUAUUAAAAAGAGUGAGAAUAUGUAUACCUGAGCAAAUUUUGUACUUUUCUGCCCAAACUAGUGCAAUCAAUGUCACUGACUCAUCAAGUUGCAUUCCAAGUUUAAAGACUGAGCACCCUUAGUCACUAAUUCUAUUAGAAAAGGAAGUACUAGCACAUAUCUUGUUCAUUUACAAUGGUUUGAUGGUCUUCGUAAUCCCAUUGUUGGUGAAAGGUUCCUAUAUUGCAAAAUCAAAGAUCACUUAAGAAGCAACAUAAUAAUGUUCUUAUGAUAAAACCAUCUGUAUAAGGAAUUUUUUACUUGCAAAUCGAAAAUAGCAUAUCUCAGGGCAAUAUCUCAGUCCCUUCAUGGCUUCCCAUAUCUAAUGCUGCAGUGGUAGCAGAUUCUGUGAUGUUUCAGCCACUCUAAUUAUGAUGUUGCUAAGCUGACAUAUGUAUGCUUCUGGUGACCCAGUUUCCCUAGAGAAAUGUGAGUUAUAGAAAAAAAAAGGAGUGACAAUUAAAUGAUUGUUCACAGCAAUACAUGCAGUUAAUGGGGGCCCCAGUCCCAACCUAAACCUUGUUUGAUGUAGAAGCAACAUCUCUUUCAAAUGCCUCUUAUAACCAUGCUAUGAGUACAGAGGUCCACAAUUCCCACUCCCAAUGCCAUGAGUGUGAGUUACCUUGCUGCUGUCGUGCCGAUGCCGUCCAGGUCUGGGCAGGAACUUGAGUGUGAGGUAGGAUGAACUCAUUGCGUGAUCUCUGCAACCCAGGGUGCCACAGCAGGGGAACACACCGGUCAAGCUUGAAGAGUAAGGCCAAGACACACAGAGUAGAGCUAGGUAACACAAAACAUAAUGUCUACUUAGUACUGUUGACAACAUAACCAUAGGUACGUACGGUAGUGGCAGCAAUGAGUGAGGUCAGAUGGCGGUGUGAGCGCGCUACUCCAUAGCUGGUGAACAGCCAGGCUUGAUUUGGCCAGCUGGUUGGUUCAGUGGCUGCCGGCUGUCUUGACCCACCUUCUUGUCACUACUGCUGCUUGAGGCAAGGGGGUUGCCUAUGAGUGGGGUGACACUACUGCUGGCUGGCUGCAUGACUCCCUUUGGUGCAUUCUGGGCCCACAGCCUUCACCUUGGGUCAGUUCCUCAACUCCAGGUACCACAGCACUUGCAAGCUAUUAGUGAUAAACCUGCCAGCUGACCCUGGAGGCCUUUGACCCUCUCACUGUGGGGCCUCUUCCACACCUUACAGACUCCUUCCUCAGCGAGUCACCCUCCAUACUACCACUCAGACAGUGGCAACCCCUUGACUGUUACACAUCUAACCUCGACUGCCUUUGUUUGGCUGCCACCGCCCACCCAAACAGCGCAAUAAUGCCAUGCAGUAGAAUAAGGAGUAAUGUAUCCUGUAACCUUUUUAUUUUAUUAAUCUUCAUACAUAGUUAUGAAAGUUGAUCAUUUUAAACACUUACAAGCAAUGUCACAUCAUGGAAAUAUCAUAUAAUUGACAUACAUGCAGGCUGCAUUAAAGAUUGCUGUAAUUUGCACAGAAAUAACUGAUGAAUGAUAAUUAGAUACAAUUAUGUCCAUAAAUGUGGUAGGUAUAUCUGGGUGGGUGUUUCAUACUAACAGGUUCCAUCCUUGGGCUUCAAUAUGCUGCUUAAUGUGAUUAAAUUUUGAAAUGUAGAAGUCUGAUUUAGAGGAAGUCUUGUUGCUGACCUUUGGUAAUGAUUCCACUGCUACCUUAUGAUGAUGUAAGAGAAGAGUAAUAUCUGAUGUGAUGGGAGUAUAACAUGAAAAUCAAAAUGGAAGGUAUUCUGUUUAAAGUUUUCUUAAGAAUUUUAUGUUAAGAUGGUUUCUUGUGGAUCUACAGAUCAAUGGUCAACCAUGGUUGUGAAUAUAUAUUUUAAAGUGAUGUUCUAAUAUGUGACCCACUGGGAUACGACACUGUCAACACUCGGUGAAAUGCAGGAGUGUAUGUUUGUAAUCCACCUAUUAAAACUCAGACGAGUAACUUCACAUCACAGUUUCUACAUACAUAGUUUUUUCGUGCAAACUUCACUUAGCAUUCAUUUUUCAUACUUUAUGAUUUUGCUUGACUUAUGGGCAAGUGCAGUGAUUGUGAAGGUAAUCGUCUCUCACUCUGCCAGCUAAUGGAUAUAACUGAGCAGUAGAACCAAUGUUUGUCAGAAGAAUAAGCAGUGGUAACAUUGUUGUUUAUGUUAUCAUGAAUAAUCUGUUAAUGAAUGUUCCUUUAUAAUAUUUCUUUGUUUCCAAGAAAUUUGACUGGUAGUGGCCAAUUUGAUGCAUUUUGAGUGUGAUUGUGACAAUACAAGUUUUGUUGUGGUUCAGCAGGCAAGUUUUAUGAUGCCUUGUCCUACUGUGAUAAAAGGAAAAUAUUAAUUUGGUACAAAAGACUAAAUACUGUUUUCAUUAGUAGAAAAUAAUUUUGGAAUAUUUUGUGAGUGACAAAGUUAUUGAUUUGAUCAUGCUUUAAAUAUCUUAGUUUGGUACUUAUGUGUGGGACCAAUAAUUUAUGGGAGAUUAAGUGUGAUAAACAACAAUGAUGUUUCAUCUGGGUAAUGCUGGUGAUGCCACCACAGACCUACAUGAAUGACAACUGCAGUUAAAGGUACUUAGCCGUUUUAACAUGGAUAACUGGAAAAUACACAUAAAUUGUUUUAUAAAUCUGCAAUUUUCAGCUAAAGUGACUAUAUGGUGCAUUAUUUCAAAAGAAAGAUUUGUUCCUUUUUAAGUUACAAAAAAUCCUUAUACAUGGAUUGGUCAUUCCAUCCUGUAAGAUAGCUGUAUAUGAUUUAGCUUUUCAGACGUUUCUGAAACCAUGUUACAUAUUAAGAACACUAUGAUUUUAAUUUACUAGUUAAAAUGUAACAAGUUUACACACACACACACACACACACACACACACACACACACACACACACACACACACACACACACACACACACACAUUUUGCCAGCUUUAGAGGUUUAAGGUUGGCCAGUCCACCAGACAAAAUGUUCUAAUCACAGUGAGACCCUGACCCAGCCUUUCUACUGAAGAUAUUACGCUUUGUUUCCUCCAACAUGAAAAUUGACCCAUGCACAUGACUUUACAUUGUUGAGAGCUGUAGGCAUUCUAUCUAAAAGUAAUCACAGUACAUGUAGAUCCAUCCAGAUUAUAUUGCCCUAUUUUGGUAAUUUGAAGCUAGUUGAAUUAGUAAUAUAGUUUGCAGCAUUAAUAUUUUGCAAAUGCAUGUUUAAAUACAUUUGCUACUUUUGUUCAGAGAAUGUUUAGCAUAGUGAAAAAGGUUUACACUUUCUUGUUUGUUGUUUUGAGCAUCAAAAUAAUAAUAUUACCACAAAGAGAAAUCACGAUCAUGGCUUAGGGGUCCAUUAGACCUCAAAUUAUUACGGUUUCUGGAUUUCUUUAUUAUUAUUAUUUUUUAAGGCACUAAUGCUUGAGAGCUUGUGAUAAUCCUGGAGUGUUCUCCCACAGUAAGAUAGGUACACAGGCCAGUCCUGAAGAAGCCUUUGUGGCCUGACUGCCAGUCUGGUCCAAAGCCAAGUCCACAUUGGGUCUCAAGUUGCCAGAUAAGUUGAGCAAUUCGUUGCAGAUACCAGUGUUGCCAAAAGUUUACUUUCCUACAAGUAGGGUAUAUCUUACUUCCUUGUCUGUUGUUACUCUACUGUUGGUAACUAGUUCUGGCAAUGAGUUCUGCAACACCAUGGAACUUGAGGCCCAGUGUGGCUGGGGCUUUAUGGUGCUUAAUCAGGAGUUUCCAUGAAUAGGUAAUAUGCAAAAUACUUUUCUCAAUAGUGCUAAUAUAUUAAAAUCACUACAUCACACAGAAUCAGAAAAUCAAGGGGAUCCAGCAGAUCAUUUUUGAAACGAAAAAUAAAUGGCAAUACUUCCUGGGCAUCAGUUAAGGCACUGCCUCCUGUAGAAAUAUUUGUGAUUUGUCAUUGUCUUGAUGCAUUUAUUAGUGUAAAAAUAUGUGGGGAAACUAUACUGAUUGGUGAAUUGUGCUUUAUUAUUUUUUUAUUGCUUUACUACUACUACUAUUACUACUACUACUACUACUACUACUACUACUACUACUACUACUACUACUACAACAACAUUACGAUGACAAUUGCUUGUGUUAGCUAUUUAAUCAUUAUUCAUGGAUGCAUACUUAUAUAUUUCCAUUGCUAGAAUCACCAAAACAGGAGGGAAGAGUUUAAGCUGCAUUACCUUCUAUAUUACAGUGGUUAUGUCAUUGAUUUUUGUUUAAUUAUUAUUUAACAUGUUCCGUUAUAAAAAGAAUGUAUGUGAUUAUAAUUGCAUCAAUUAUUUGUGAAUGUAAUUAAGAGGUAUUGAAUGAGUAUAAUCUACACAAUAAUUCUGACCAGACUAUCAAGCGCUAUGCUUCCUUUCUUAGUUAGCUGUCCUGCUGCACUGUACAAAGAUUUUAUUUUAAUUUAAACAAAAUUUCAUAAAUGAUAGUUA